AAAGAAAAUUUUUGCAGUCAAACGAAGAAUUUCAAGCACAACUUUUCUUGCAUUAAUGUGUAAUAUUAUUGGCCGUGAUGCCGGUAGGUAGGAACUGCCUUCGUGCAUUGAGCCUCUUACCUCGUUGCCGUUUCUUCCUGGCAACAACGACUACCGCGCCGUGUUUCCACACUAGUCUCUGACUCCGGUGAAGAUUUCAGCGCGAUCAGUUGCAUUUGCUAGGCCAGUAGCCAUCAAGCAAGAGGUGUACAUCUCAUUCGUGCUAUAUCAUCAUCAAAAAUUGGUUAUUAUCUGAUUAUUUUGACGUCCUAACCUCACGUUAUUCUAUCUUAUAUUGCAUUGAUUGAAAACAAAAGUUACAGAUGGAAAACGCGGAAGAUACGAAGACGACCGUGAAAUUAUAUAUUUAUGACCUUACAAAGGGUAUCCUCCCUGUGAUGUCUACGCUUGUUAUCGGUCAACACAUAGAGGCAAUAUGGCAUACAGCGAUCGUCGCGUACGGAAGAGAAUACUUCUUUGGGACAUCUGGUAUUCAAAUUGAUCGACCUGGUCGCACACCGUUCGGGGAGCCCGACAAAGUGGAAAAAAUUGGCGAUACGUACCUGCCACACUCCAUCUUCUUUGAAUAUAUAAACGGCCUGAGAACAUCCAAAUUUGCGCCAGGCACUUACAAUCUCUUCAAACAUAACUGCAACUGCUUCACAAACGAAGUCAGCAAUUUUCUAGUGGGCCGAGAUAUUCCGAGAUACAUCCUCGAUUUGCCAGAAGAGAUACUUAAAACGCCAAUUGGGCAACAGGUUAGAGAACUUAUAGAAAGCCUGUGCAGCAACGCGAGUAAAGCAUUUAUAGUUAAUCAAACAUUUCUUGAAGCAAGAAAUCAUAGAGAGGUUUCGCCGGAAUAUCAACUUUUAAAUGAGGCUAUUGAAGAAGCAAGAUUAAAUUCGAUUGCGCUAGAAGAGAGGAGAAAAGAGAUCUACGAAAAACUCGGGAAAAAACAUAAGGAGAAAAAGAAGAAGGAAAAGGAGAAGAAACAGAAAAGAAAUAAAGAUAGUGGUGCAAGUCCUCCUAGUAACAAUACACAUAUGACGGAAAGCGAAAGUGCACUAGCCCUGAGCGAGAUGCAGGCUUCGAAUGGUGAGAAUACAGAAGUGCUACCAUCGGAGAGAGUUAUGCAAAUGCAAGAAGAGGAAAAGAAGGAAUUGGAAGAAAGAAAACGUCGUCGAGAUCCUCCUAUUGUAUUUAAGGAUUCAAUAGACAUCAAGGAGGAAUAUCAGGCAUUAGUCAAGUUGUUGGAAGGAAAAUUGAACGAAGAGGAACGAGUAAGCAUGGACGAACUUCGGCAGUAUGUUCUAGAGAACGAAGGUUCUUGGGCACUUGGAGAUAACUUCUUAAAUUUCGUAGGACGAGUUCUAUACGAUAAAUCUUUGGAAAGCGAUGCAAGAGUGAAAUUAUUGAAUAUACUUUCCGUUGCUGCGUUAAAGGACGAUGUAAUUCUUUUACUGCACCAGGAUAGAAGAGAGCAUAUAAUUAUGAAUUAUGCUUACGAUAUUGAUCGUCAUCCUCAGGAGGAACAACUUCCCCUUGCACAAUUUUUGGCAAACAUGUUCGAAAAUCUUAGUAGUUCGGAAUGGCUGUUAUAUAUAUCGGAAUGGCAACAUCAGGUUCAAAAUAUCAGUAACAUAAGGGUGACGACCAAAGUCGCGGUGCAUUCGUUGCUUUCAAAUUUGAUCGACUUGCAAAUUCGUGGUGCCGCUAUUAUUCACAACCUUGCCUGCAAGGAGAAAAUGAACAAAAUCAAAAAUCUGCGGCGACUUUUACCAAAAGGCAGCAUUUCUAAGGUGUUCGAUGAUGUCGCCGUAGAAUUGACAAUGGCAUUGCUACAAUAUUUCAAUGGCAGUCCAGCCGAGGAACAGCUGUUCGCCUGCAUGAAGUCAUUGGCACGUUUCACGCAAAUCAGCGGCCAAGAUGUACCACAACUUAUUCAAAUGAUUGGGCCAGAACCAAAUAAAUUUCGCGGAACAUCUGAGAGGAUCGACAAGGAAAUUGAUCAGGUCAACAAGAUGUUGCGUUAACGCAACGCAAUUUGUCACAAUCGCAUUAAUAAAAGAAAUAAAACU